ACAGGAAGAGCUAACAUGAAAUGAUAUGUAUGCAAAUAUGAGCAGCAGCCACAGUCUGACAGUCCACCCACGCAGUGUGUGUGUCAGUCUCCUAAACUCUGCCUGAACCUGCCUCAGAGGAAAACGCUCUCUAACAUUCAUUCUUGGUUAUAAACGUGCACACAUCUGAUGGCGAGUAAAUCCUGGCUCAUACUAAUGCUGCUCUUAAUAACCUGGAGGGAGAGCAUGCGCUGCGAUGGACUUACAGUUGCAGUGGAUCCUCCUGAGGACCUUGUGAUAUCAGACCCUGGUCUUCUUGGACGUCUCCAGAUCACAUGGAGCCCCCCAGCUAGCUUGAUUAAUAUGACAGAUUGCUCAGAACUGUAUCAGCUGGAGUACUUCGACACAUACAGGGACAGCUGGAAUCUCAUCAGGAUGAUUAAGAGGACACACAGUGCCCAGUUUGAUCUGAUGAAAGACGUGCAAGUGAGAGUGUACACCUUGCUGAGUGGACCCUGCACCGACGGCACUAUGAUCAAGAGCACGAGCUACACUGAGGUGGUACAGAAACCUCCCAGCACAGGUAUUGUGGGUACUGCAGUCCAGGAUUUUGUCUGUGUAUACCAUAACAGGAAGUACAUGGAGUGCAAAUGGGGAAGAAGCCAAAAGAUGCCGGUCUACUCACAGCAAACUCUAUUUUUCUGGUAUAAGGAGCUGGAACAGGCAGAGGAAUGCCCAAAAUAUGUUAUUUCAAGCGGAACCAGGAGCGGCUGCAACUUCACGGGGAAAUCUCUCCCUGAAUUCACAGAUAUCAACUUCUGUGUGAAUGGCUCCUCUCCUGAAGGGCCCCUGAAAGCAUCAUUCAUCUCCCUGCAAAUCCAAAACCACGUGAAGCCUGAGACCAUAGAGAAGCUGCUUCUGCAAACAGGUCCAGACGCGCAGCUGCAGCUAAACUGGGAUGGUCCUGUUGGGAGGGUUCCUGUAAGCUGCCUAGACUGGGAGGUGGAACACAAUCAAGAGGGACCUGAUGGAAAAAUUACUUCGGAGCGGAUUUCAACCAAACAGAUGAGCCUAACGCUGCCCUCCACCCACGACAAUGAGAGAAACUGCUUCAGGGUUCGGUCCAAGUUGUCCAAAUAUUGUGCAGACAAGGGUUUUUGGAGCGAGUGGAGUCAUCCGACAUGCCGCCCAGUGUCUACACCUUCCAGGUAAAGAGUGGGAGUUGAUCACAACAAGGACUGCAGUGCACACAUAGUGAUUUUUUUCUCCAUUGCCUAAUAUGAUGUUGUUUUGUUAAUCACUUGAGGUUAAUAGCUGUACUUUUGGAGGUACUGACUUGACAGGUAUGAUCUAGUUUUUUACCAAUGUAUCUAAUCUGAGGGCUGGUUGAUUUCUGAGGCUCUUAGCAAAAUAGGAUGUAUUCUGCUGAGUGUGCUGAACUGUAUGGGUAUUUGAAGGCAACAACAUUGCACAAAGAAUGGCUCCACAACUUCCGCAUCCGUCACGUGAAUCCAGAGUUAUUUCCCUUCCUCCGUUCACACCGUCAACAACGUGUCAUAUAUUUGGGGUACUACAUAUGUGCACUAAAAUCUGGUCUGCACUCGCCAAAAUUGAGCCAAUCGCAAUGCACGACCGCAGCUUCAGUUACACUGCACAUGUGUUGUACCCUAUACUCCAAGACCCGUGUCCGCCCUUGUCCCAGCCUCCUUCAAUAGGCCUCGGUUACUGAGCCAUGUGACUGAACAGACGCUACUGUGCCUGCUCCAUGGGCCCAAUGGAUGCGGAAGAUCGCCGGAAGAUCUGGGUACUCUUCCAUUCGGAAGUCAAGCCAUUUUGGCAUCAUGCGCCUCUGAGCAACUUUCAUUGGAAUGAACGGGGCCCCGCCUUCUAUGCUGUAUCCAGUUUCCUUAAUACAUCCAUGGUCAAUAGGGGUCAAGGAGUUCAUUUUUGCCUUCAGAAGGUAAAUGGCUGUAGGCCACAGACUGCCUUUUCACCUAAUUUACAAGUGUUGAAAUUGGCCUCAGAUAUUCCUGUCUCCACUCUUGUUAAAAUCUCCUUAUAAUGAAAUAACUUAUUGAGUGUUUUAUUUUGAUGUCUAAUAGUUGACUACUUUCCUCUCUUGCCAGUUUAAAUUACCAUUUCUACCAAUACUGAGAAAAAUUGACCUAAAAUAUCUGUAGCUUCAGGUUGUUAAAUAAAACUCAUUGUCAUUCUGCUUUGAAGCAUCACAAUGUUGUCACAGAAUAAAUAUUUUGAUGUGCAGGUGUGAGUCUCCUUCAUUGCACACCACGUGGUUGAUACACAAGGGUCAGUAUUAGGCCCCCUGUUGUUUUCUGUACAUUAAUAAUAUUUAUUUUCCUUACUGAACAUUGCAAUGUCUAUUUUUAUGCUGACGAUACCAUCUUGUAUUCCAUCGCCUCUACUGCAAACCAGGCCUUUCCUCAAGUUACAAUCUGCUAUUGAUGUUCUCCGGACCUCUUUUAUCAAUUUAAAACUUUCUAAACUCCAAAUAAUAUGCAUUUCACAAGAGCAUGGAGCUUUGAUGUCCCUGCUAUGUGGAAAUAUAGUACAGCAUUAUGAAUACUUAGGUAUUUGGUUAGAUAGCAAAUCUUACAUAAACUCAAAAACUUAAAAUUUAACUAGAUUCUUAUACAGGAACAGAGCUUAUCUCGCCAUACAAAACUAUACAACUACUACUUGGCAGUAGCAUUUGUUCUCAGUAUGUUCAGCAGCGUUGGUGGGUGCAUGAGAGGAAAAGUGCAAUAUUGUACAGUGCAGCAACACAAGUCAAAAUGUCUCCCAAAAAAACAAAUGGGUGUCUCAGAGAGGAGAGAGCCAGCAACUGAGCUCCAAGAGGGUCUUUAAAGAAGCCCUGGCACACAGGGCCCAGGUGUUGCCAGUGUUGCUGAUGAGCCCAGGUGUUGCCAGGUGUUGCCAGGUGUUGCCAUUUUGGUGAUGACCCUCUGCCACACCCAUUGGCAGACAGGGCGGAGACGGACGUCACACACCUUUUCAUGAGUUACUUUAAUUGUAAUUUAAAGAUUAUGCUAUCUAAACUGUGGAGUUCAAAGUGGACAACCACAGUUUAGGUUCACUUUAAAAGUUUAACUUACUAUUUCUGAACUGGGGAAAACUGGUUUCUGGUAUUAUGCACUGUGCAACACUGGAAUGAACUGCUAAAUAAACAAAAAAGUUAGAAACUUUCCUCUGAGUGACUUUAAUGUUCGUCUUGCUGAACGUUUUAAUGAUAUUUGUGACUGUUUCAAUUGUCUUAUUGUGAUGUAAUAUACAUUUAAUUUGUUCUCAGGUCUACAAAAUGCUGUAAUGAAACUCUAACACAACAAAAAUGUGUCCAAAUUACUUGUGGAUCUAUAAAAUGUCCAAAUAUGAAUAUUCAGUUUUUUUUGACAUUGUGUUCAUUCCUGUAAGCUUCAUUGUUAGGGAUGCUUUUUUAAAUGUAAAUAAACU